AUGCCUCCCCAGGACGAGCACAUGCCGUUUCAAUGUCGUUUCUGCCCCAAGACAUUUGGCCGACAGGAACACUUGGCGCGGCAUGUCAGAGCACAUACACGAGAGAAGCCAUAUGGCUGUCGACAAUGCAACAAAUCUUUCUCAAGGCAAGACGUUUUACAAAGACAUCAGGCCACGCACAAGUUGGGUGUAGUCACCCGCAACACGGUAUCAGCUAGAGCAUGUACAGAAUGCGCUGCAGGGCGUAGUCGCUGUUCAAGAGAACUGCCAUGUGGAAGAUGCAAAGAAAGAAACUUGGAAUGCAUCUAUCCUAAGUCUGGAAGACGAAAGACUCGCUCAAUGACCCAACGAAAUACCACGACUUCCCAGUAUGCUGGUUCGUCCUCUUCAGGAAGUUCGAAUGAGGAUGUUGAAGUUCAGAAUCACGCCCAAGCCACAGAAGAAGGGGUGGAAGAGACUUCUGUACUCAUGGAGAACAACGUAAUCAAGAAUGAUGUCGAGAAUGGGUGGAUCACUAAUGAGCAUCAACCUAUCCCGAUGACAUCUACUGGCGAUCUUAUCACCACUGCUUCACUACCCGAGUCCAUGUUUCAGAUCAAUGACCUAGGUGACUUUGCAGUUGAUAAAACUACGGCAGAAUCAACUCUGGCGGCAUCCAGCAUCAACUGGUUGAGCGAUAGCCAGUAUCUUUCGAUGUGGGAGAGUCAGUUAUCGGUUGUUGCCGAUGGCCUUGGGCCCACGGGAUAUGAGUUUCCCUCUGGAUUUGCUAGGCCCAACCACGUCUCACCCUGGAUCUCAGCUCAGUACAAUGACGCAAAUAGUUCUGAUAUGGCUAGACCAGUUCCCGAACCAGCCUUCGCACCAAGUCCAAUGGAUGUUGCUAGCCCUCGCCACAGUCGAGCAGAUAGCCUCCGCGGCUCCAGUACCUCAAAGUCAACUGAUGGGACGCUUUAUGUCGAAGGAACGAUGGCGAGAGCACCUUUUGGUGGACAGCUCUUAGGUCGACACACGAACCAAGCCAGCACAUCUCACGCGGAGACUGGGUCAAUUAGCGGAGUCCCGGAUUCGCUUGAAAUUGACAAUCAAGCAGGCUCUUCUCUCUAUGUAUCAAACGAGCUUUACUCGGAGCUAUUGUCAGCUACUCGUGAAUAUGCCGAAGCUGACAGCCCGGAAUCUACUGUCCUUAUCCCCCCAUUAGGGCAUAUCAGAUGUUUUGUACGGCUUUACUACGAAAAUUUCCAUGUUACACAUCCUUUUUUACGAAAGAGCGCCUCAAUAUGGAAGGACCCGAGUAAUUGGAUUCUGCUUCUGGCUGUAUCAGUUAUUGGUGCCAAAUAUUUGGGAGGUACAUGGUCGUCAUCCUUAUCCAGGUUAUUGGGAGUAAUCUUGGAUCACAGGCUUGACUCGAUGUCUGAGAAAAGUGAUCAGGACAGUCAUGGGACUUGGAUUCCAGGUUCUUUCCAGCCGAGAGUUCGAUUGGACUUUAUAACACUUCAAGCCUUUAUUCUCAGCAUGAUUGACAGGCUCCAUAGCGGCCAGAAGGCCGUAACGGAGCGUGCGUUGGGCCAAAUGUUUCUCCUCGUUGAACAAUGCAGAAGCAUGAAUCUAUUGUCCCAUACACCGCCCAAAAUCGACAACAACGUAACAUCUGGUGAUGGCUCAUCCAUCAGAAAAUGGCUACGAGCUCAAUCCGAAUUACGAACGGGAUUGAUGUUGUGGAUUCUUGAUUCCAUCAUCGCACACGAGUUCGAUUGCCCGCACCUCUUACAACUUCACGAAGUUAAAGCUACACUUCCAUGCCAAGACGAUAUAUGGGACGAGCCGACGUCGGACAAAAUCAACAGCAAUGUCUGUCGCCAAGACAAUCCUGGGACAGCAACAGUACUUGAGGCACUUCACCUUCUUUACAUGGAAAAACGACAGCCAAGUAACUUGACUGAAUUCGGAAAUAUCGUAAUGAUUUACGCCGUUUGUCGCAGGACCAGAGAGGCCGCUUACCAAUACGAAACUGCGUUGUCCAGAUGGACCCCAGUUGCGCAUGUUGAACCCUGUUCCGAAUCAAGCACUGUGGCCGAGUCGUGGCCACCAAGUCUCGAGAUAAUAACAAGGUGGAGAAACAGUGCUUGCGAUUGCCUUGACAUAUUACAUUGGAAAGCAAACGGAAAAGCUGCCAAUGCUGGUGGUUCAGAACACCCAACUAUUCUCCUUCUCCACCUCUCCCGGUUAUACCUCUUAGCGCCUUGCAAGCAUUUACAAAGGGUUGCGACGUUAGCGACGUUUUCCAAAGCGAGUAAUGGGGUACAUGACAUUACGGGCUAUUCAGAAGCAUACACCCACCUUCAUCGUUGGGCAAAUGUUGACCAGUACAAGGCCAGGCUAUCUAUUAUUCAUGCCGGAGCUUUGAUGUGGCAUAUCCGCCGCUACAGUGGUAACGGCUUUAUAGAACCCCACGCUAUCUAUAUUGCUACUCUAUUGGAUGCUGGGGUGCCAAGACUGAGACAAGAUAUUGCGAGCCAUGUUCCACAGGGCCCUGCCAAUGCAGAGACUACACACCCAUAUGACGAUAGAGACGAAGAAGAAGAAGAAGAAGAAGAAGAAGAAGAAAAAGAAAAAGAAGAAAAAGAAGAAGAAAAAGAAAAAGAAGAAAAAGAAGAACCGGAACCAGCAUUUAUCCAUCUGGAUCGACCAUGUGAUGACGAAAUGGUCCAAACCUAUAUACGGCUUGGGCAUAAGAUGAAAGGCUAUAUGCAACGAGUUGGAGAUAUUUGUAGUACUGACGCUCCACCAAAGAUUCUAAUGGAAGGUAUAAGGCUACUGUCACAUAAAGGAGCUAAUGAAAAGGCGUGGGGAAUUGAGGCCUCCUUUGUCAAGGGUUUGAAAAGUCUAUUAGAUGUAACCACUGCACUAUAG